AGCAGCAGCAGAGGCGUUCGGUCCCGAUCCUGUUGAAGCUUGAUACGGACCACUGCUGUCAUUGGGAGAAGUGCUCUUUUUGAGCGGCCCCUCCUCCUCCUCCCUGGCCGGGCCCCCCGGGCUCUAGAGCCGCCUCGCACACUUUUCAGUCCGGUCCGGGAGAGGAAUGUGCGGGGAUGCCGAGCACCGCUGGCUGUAGGACACCUAGGAAACCUCGACGACAACACCGUUAUGGACAGCCAUGAUCCGUAUGUGCAUUUAAAUUCUACCGGGCCAAUGAGCACGGCCCAUUCUCACCCCCACCACCCGCCAAUGGGCGGCAUGGUGGGCCACCCGUCGGUUAUCAGCACCGCCAGGCACUUGCAGUCGCCCAUGUCGUCCAUGGGCUCGCACAUGAACGGCUUGGCCUCACCUUACUCCGUCAUCACCUCGUCUCUGGGCUCCCCUGCCGUAUCGUUGCCGUCCACGCCCAACUUGAACUUCGGACCGCUCGGAAGUCCGCAGAUGAACUCUAUGAACAACGUGAGCAGCUCGGAGGACAUCAAGCCUCCGCCGGGCCUGCAGAACCUGGGGAGCAUCAACUACCAGUGCCCGAGCCCUGGGGGGAUGUCAAAGCACAUCUGCGCCAUCUGCGGAGACCGUUCCUCAGGGAAACACUACGGCGUGUACAGCUGCGAGGGAUGCAAAGGCUUCUUCAAGAGGACCGUGCGCAAAGAUCUCACUUACACUUGUCGAGACAGUAAAGAGUGCCUGAUCGACAAGCGCCAGCGCAACCGCUGUCAGUAUUGUCGAUACCAGAAGUGCCUGGCCAUGGGCAUGAAGAGAGAAGCGGUACAGGAAGAGAGGCAGCGUGGGAAAGAGCGUGGGGAGAAUGAGGUGGAGUCGACUAGCAGUUUUAAUGAGGAGAUGCCUGUGGACAAGAUCCUAGACGCUGAGCUGGCGGUGGAGCCCAAGACGGAGACGUACUCGGACGGCAGCCCCGGCAACUCGACCAACGACCCCGUCACCAACAUCUGCCAAGCGGCGGACAAGCAGCUCUUCACGUUAGUGGAGUGGGCCAAGAGGAUUCCCCACUUCUCAGAACUCCCCUUAGAUGACCAGGUCAUCCUAUUACGAGCAGGCUGGAACGAGCUGCUCAUCGCGUCCUUCUCUCAUCGGUCGGUGACGGUGAAAGAUGGAAUCUUACUGGCCACGGGCCUCCACGUCCAUAGAAGCAGUGCCCACAGCGCUGGGGUGGGCUCCAUCUUUGACAGAGUCCUGACAGAGCUGGUGUCCAAAAUGAAGGAUAUGCAGAUGGAUAAAACGGAGCUGGGCUGCUUGCGAGCCAUUGUCCUGUUCAACCCAGAUGCAAAGGGUUUGUCCAACCCAACGGAGGUGGAGGCAUUGAGAGAAAAAGUGUACGCCUCACUGGAGUCUUACACUAAACACAAAUACCCGGACCAGCCUGGAAGGUUUGCCAAGCUACUGCUGCGCCUGCCCGCGUUGCGCUCCAUCGGCCUCAAGUGCUUGGAGCACCUUUUCUUCUUCAAGCUCAUCGGAGACACGCCCAUCGACACCUUCCUCAUGGAGAUGCUGGAAGCGCCGCAUCAGAUCACAUGACCCCAGUCAAACAUCCCCUCUUGUAAAUAGCCCCUAUCAGCAAUAUGAAGAUGGAGUGAGGGAGGGAAGGACGCUGCAAUUGCAAAGUUGAAUAUUUUAUAACAAUUAAAAAGCAACGGCGUAAUUAAAUCCAAAACGGGAUUUCAAGGCUGCGGUGAGGACUGAGUACAAGCGUCGUGUUUUUUUGUAAAUAGAUUAUUGCAGGUGUCCGUUUCGAAAGAAUUCCAGUGCAUUUGAAAAGGAAUCAGAUUUUAUUCAUAGAGUAAAUGUAUAAAGUAAAAUUUUAAGUAUAAAAAGAGAAAAACUGAAUUUCUUAAAACAUAUGAGUAUUCUUACAGAAUAAAGUUA